GGAGAGGAGAAUAUUCUUUGCUACAAAAACGGUCAAGACAGGUAUCCGACUGAAGACAUCUUUCUCCACGAAUUUUUCCACGGGCUGCACAACCUUGGUAUCGACUUCUCAAUUCCAGACUUCAAUGACAGGCUGAGCAAGCGGUACAACUACCUUAAAAACAGCGGUGACCUAUGGAAGAAUACGUACGCCAUGUCAACUCGCGGGGAGUAUCUCGCUGAGGGUGCGCAGAGUUUCUUCGACUGCAACGCCGAGGGCCACCCGCCAAAUGGAAUCCACAACUACGUCAAUACCAGAAGCGAA